AAUACGCUCCUUCAGCUUUACUUUGAGAGCGCCAUAGAGGAGGAGGCUAACGAGCAGCCCUUCGUCGCUUUGGAAACGCGAAACCAGCGUGAUAGAGUAUGGACUGAAUGGACCGAGUAUGUCUUCUCUUCCCCCUCACCUUUCCCGGGCCUCCCCCCCUCACGCGAACUAAAGCUCGACACGACCCGUCUUGAUGUCGACCCCUGCCGCUUCUGGGUGGACUUCGCUCGGGAACCGUCAGCUCCAAGGGGUCAGGCAAUCGUCCAGGGGUUUCUACACAAAUAUGUGGAAAACUCCUAC